AUCUCAACAUCUUGCUUGCAUCAAAGAAUAUAUCAGCAUUCAUACAUCAUCAUCCUGGAUAUCGCCUCAUUAAUCGACACCGACUCGAAUAAGUCGACUGUGUCGCCUACCCAGCAGGCUCCCUCCGCCUCGGCCCCCUCCUUGUCUUCGCGAUUUGGCUUUGUGGUACCUGAAAUCCCUCCGGCGUCAACUCCGACUUCGGUAUUGCGUUCGAGUAACAAGCGCAGCAGGCCGCCAUCCGAAUUGCCGACACCAGAAAAAUGCAAGUGGUCUACUGAGGAGGAUAAUAAGAUUAUCAACCUCCGGGGCCAAGGGAAUAAAUGGGACGAUAUCUCGAAGCUCCUUCCAGGACGGAGCUCUGUCAGUUGCCGUCUUCACUACCAAAACUAUUUGGAGCAGCUUAAGCGGGAUGAAGAGCGUAAGAAUGAGUUUGCAAGGAAAUACGAGAGGCUCAAAUCCGAGAUGUGGACCAUACUGGCAAAGGAAAUGCCGGUCCCGUGGAGCGCCGCUGAGGCAAUGCAUUGGAAACUAGGCAAGACUGAAAUGGCGAGGCGGGCGGGGGUGGUUCUGUCUUCAAGAUAUCACCGGUCCCUAGCCGUACACGAGAGUCUUCCGUCGAGAUCUUCUUCCACUGAGCCCCUCGACAACGGCUAUGGAUCCACCCCCUCCACCACCACUGCCGACAACCUCUGCCCAGGCUACCGAGAACUCGACGGGAGCUCCUAG